GUAGAUCUAAAUGAGACUAAUGUGCGUACUCACAGAGGUUAUGUUCCGCUCAAUAAGGUUAACGAGGAAGUCUUUAAAAAGUUUAGUUACGAAAUCAUCGAAGCAUCAAUUCCGGUACCAACCCUCCGAAUGACUAAAGAACCAUCAUGUGCUGACGUGUUCGCUGAAUACUUAAUUAAGACAUCAGCUUCACAUCCAGUAGUACCUCCUAAAAUAUUCCAGAAAGUCUAUACAGAUCUAUUUUUACUAAAUGGAUACGCAGCGUUUGAUGAGUGGUACUUUAAUGACCAACCGAUUAAGAGGGACGCACCAAGAAAUUGGAGUAGAAUUACCGAAUACAUGACUUAUACUAAGCAGGAAUUGGGAGAAUUGGCGUAUAAAAAGGAGUCAGAGUCUAUGUACCAUGCAAUGAAUGGAUACCGGUUGGACGGAAAGACUGGAAUUGUAGUUGGUAGUAUGCAACCAUGGCUGGAGGUUAUGGCAUUUCAAAAUGGGGCCUCGAAAAUUUUAACAGUGGAACACUACAAACUAGACAUUCCGGAUCAAUUUCGAGACAUAUUGACUGACAUUCGACCUAUGGAUUUGGCAACGAGUUGGAAAAAAUACGCCGGCUCAUUCGACUUUGCUGCUUCGUUCUCUAUCAUCCAUCACUUCGGACUUGGAAGGUUCGGAGAUCCGCUAGAUGCUAUUGGUGAUUUAAGAGAGAUGCGCAAGAUUCAAUGUCUUCUAAAACAAGGAGGUAUACUGUACCUGGCCGUGCCAAUUGGAACUGAUGCUUUGCAAUUCAAUGUUCAGCGAAUCUAUGGAGCUAUCCGAUUGGCAAUGAUGUUUGUUGGAUAUGAGUGGGUGGCGACGUAUAGUCACGAAUCCAGAGAUCCUAUCACACUUUCAUCAGAAGUUCUACACAAACCAUUGUUCAUAUCCCAACAUUAUACUCUGGUCCUGAGAAAAAUGUAA